CUCUCUUCCUCGUGACGACGCCGCCCUCAACUUCCCUACCUCUCUCUAUAAAUACCCACAAAAAGAAACAAAAGGAGAACUCCCAAAUUAAAAUCCCCCCAAUAUGAAGAACCCCAUUUUCUCUCACCGGACCAUUCUUUUCCUCAUUCUUUCAAUUCUCUUCUCCCUCCACUCUGCAUUUGCCGCUCAUGAUUACGCCGACGCCUUGUCUAAAUGUAUCUUGUUCUUCGAAGGCCAACGAUCGGGCUUCUUGCCUCAAGAUCAACGAAUGACGUGGCGUGCCAACUCCGGCCUCGGCGACGGUUGGACUUAUAAAACAGACCUCACCGGCGGCUACUACGACGCCGGAGACAAUGUUAAGUUUGGUUUUCCGAUGGCUUUCACCACCACGCUUUUGUCUUGGAGUGUCAUUGAGUUCGGCGACUUCAUGCCGCCGGCGGAGUUGAGGAAUUCGUUGGUUGCGAUUCGUUGGGCCACGGAUUAUCUCCUCAAAACGGUGUCGGAGCCUAAUCGGAUUUUUGUUCAGGUGGGUGAUCCGAGUGCGGACCAUUCUUGUUGGGAGAGACCCGAGGACAUGGACACGACCAGAACCGUGUAUGCCGUGGACGCACCAGGGACUGCUUCAGAUGUGGCGGGGGAGACUGCAGCAGCAUUAGCUGCUGCGUCGAUGGCGUUCCGGUCGUCGAACCCAGAGUAUGCAGAGACGUUGCUACGAAAUGGAAUUAAGGCAUUCGAGUUGGCUGAUACCUAUAGAGGAGCUUAUAGUGAUAAUGCUAAUAUUAGAGACGGUGUUUGUCCUUUCUACUGCGAUUUUGAUGGCUAUCAGGAUGAGCUACUAUGGGGAGCAGCUUGGCUAAGAAGGGCGAGUCAAAAUGAGUCGUAUUUGAAUUAUAUUCAAGACAAUGGUAAAACUCUUGGUGCUGAAGAUAGCUACAAUGAGUUUGGAUGGGACAACAAGCAUGCUGGUCUUAACGUUCUCGUCUCUAAGGAAGCACUUGAAGGAAACAUAUUCACACUCCAAUCAUACAGAGCCUCGGCAGAUAAUUUCAUGUGCACAUUAAUUCCGGAGUCUUCUUCUUCCCACAUCCAAUACACUCCCGGCGGCCUCAUCUACAAGCCCGGCGGCAGCAACCUCCAACACGCCACCUCCAUAACCUUCCUCCUCCUCGCCUACGCUAACUACCUCGAACGCACUUCCUCCACCGUCAACUGCGGCAACGUCGUCGUCGGUCCCGCCACCCUCCGCCGCCAAGCCAAACAACAAGUCGACUACAUCCUCGGCGAAAAUCCCAAGGGCAUCUCCUACAUGGUCGGCUAUGGCAACUACUUCCCUCAGCGGAUCCACCACCGCGGCUCCUCCCUUCCUUCUGUACACGACCAUCCGCAGCCGAUCGCUUGUAAGGAAGGGUCGGCGUACUUCAACUCGGCAGAUCCGAACCCUAAUGUGUUGGUUGGAGCCUUAGUUGGUGGUCCGGGGGAAGAUGAUGUGUAUGAGGAUGAUCGGGCGGAUUUUCGGAAAUCGGAGCCGACUACUUAUAUUAAUGCGCCUUUUGUUGGAGUUUUGGCGUAUUUUGCUGCGAACCCGGGAGGUUGAUUUGGAUUUUCCGGCGUCGGGGGUCGCCGGAAAAAGGAAGGAAGUUUUGUGGGGUUUCUUUUUUUUUUUUUUUUUUUUUUUUUAGUUUAAAAAAGGGAAAAGGAUGGUCUCUCAUCUUUGGUGGUUUUACGAAGAGAGUAGAGGCUUAAUUUGGUAAUUUUACUUCAAUUACCAUUGGAAUUUUAUAAUACUAAAUUUUACGUCUAAAAAAGAGUCCGCAUUCCACAAUGGAUGGGUCAAUAGCUAUGUUGUUGUGACUAUUUUUUUUCUCUUGUAUUUCCUUUACUUUUUUACUCGAGAGACUGAGUUAUAUGGAAUGUAUUAACAAAUGUUUGUGGUAGGAAUUACUAAAACAAUAAUACUAUAUGAAUCCGUGGAUUUCAACAAAAA